UUCAUAAUAUUAGUACUUUCUCGAAAAGUAAGGCUGUAUUUUGUCUUGCGUUUACUGCUGAAUAAGUUUGGGUUCAUGAAUAUUACUAAGCAAGCGUUCGCCAUAGUAGGAUUCUUAGUGUCUCAAGCGGUCACAGGUGCGCGAGGAACUUCCCGCAGACGUUCCCACAGGGAUCCCCGACGUGUAACAGGUGCAAUUGGCAAAAAGUUACGAACAUGAAUAUUGUUUUUGUUUGGAAAAUCUUCAAUUCAUGAAGCAAGUCUGUGUGAAAUGACGGGACUGUUGCCAUGGCUUUGUCGGAGUUGUACACAAAGUAUAACAGGGUUUGGAUCCCUGACAUUGAACAUGUGUGGAAAUCUGCGGAAAUCCUCAAAGAUUUCCAGCCAGGAGACACAGAGCUGGAAUUACAGCUGGAGGAUGGGACGGAGUUGCAGUAUCCUCUGGAAGGGGGUGAGAAGUUGCCUCCUCUCCGUAACCCCGACAUCCUGGUGGGGGAGAAUGACUUGACGGCUCUCAGCUACCUCCACGAACCCGCCGUCCUACACAACCUCAAAAUCCGAUUUGUCGAGUCCAAAAUAAUCUACACUUACUGUGGUAUUAUCCUUGUGGCGGUCAAUCCUUACAAACAGCUUCCCAUCUAUGGAGAUGCGGUCAUCCACGCGUACUCCGGCCAAAACAUGGGUGACCUGGACCCUCACAUAUUUGCAGUGGCUGAGGAGGCUUACAAACAAAUGGCCAGGAAUAACAAGAAUCAGUCCAUUAUUGUAAGCGGCGAGUCAGGAGCUGGAAAGACCGUAUCUGCUCGCUAUGCAAUGAGAUAUUUUGCUACGGUGAGCAAGUCAAGCGGCAACAAUCGAGUGGAGGAAAAAGUUCUGGCGUCCAACCCGAUCACUGAAGCUAUUGGAAAUGCAAAAACAACCAGGAAUGAUAACAGCAGUCGCUUUGGGAAGUACACUGAGAUAAGCUUCGACAAAAGAUACCAAAUUAUUGGUGCUAACAUGAGGACAUACCUGCUGGAGAAGUCAAGAGUCGUGUUUCAGUCAGAGAAUGAGAGGAAUUAUCACAUCUUUUAUCAAAUGUGCGCUUGUGCGGAUCAACCGGAGUUCAAAAGCUUGAGACUGUUGAGUGCAGAAGAGUUUAACUACACUAGCAUGGGUGGUGAGAUAGAGAUUGAGGGUGUGGACGACCGAGCUGAUAUGACAGAAACACGCAGAACCUUCAACUUGCUGGGUCUUAAGGAGAGUUUUCAGACGGAUGUCUUUAAGGUUCUUGCUGGAAUUCUGCACUUAGGAAACACAGUCAUCAAGGCUCAAAACUCAGAAAAAUCUUCCGUCAAUUCCAGUGACCCUCACCUGUCCAUAUUCUGUGACCUAAUGGGCGUCAACAUGGAAAACAUGUGUCGCUGGUUAUGUAAUCGGCGGAUCGUGCUAUCAGCUGAAACCGUGGUCAAACCGCAGCCCCGGGAGCGGGCCAUCAAUGCCCGUGACGCCCUGGCGAAACACACCUACGCCCAUCUUUUCGACUGCGUCAUCCACAAAAUCAACAAGGCACUAAAGGUCCCUGGGAAACAACACUCAUUUAUUGGGGUGUUGGAUAUUUAUGGAUUUGAGACGUUUGAUGUGAAUAGUUUCGAGCAGUUCUGCAUUAACUACGCCAAUGAGAAACUGCAACAACAGUUUAACCUGCACGUGUUUAAACUGGAGCAAGAAGAAUACAUGAAAGAGGACAUUCCCUGGACGCUCAUCGAUUUCUACGACAACCAGCCCGUUAUUGAUCUUAUCGAGGCUAAAAUGGGAAUUUUGGACCUGCUGGAUGAGGAGUGUUUGUUCCCUCAAGGAACCGAUAAGAAUUGGCUGCAAAAACUGUACAAUUUUCUAGGCUCAAAAGCGAUGUUUGAGAAACCACGCCUGUCGAACGACUCUUUUGUGAUUCAGCAUUUUGCCGACAAGGUGGAAUACCGUUGUAUAGGUUUUUUGGAGAAGAACAGAGACACUCUUUAUGAAGAGCUGGUCAGCAUCAUGCGCAAUAGUCAGUUUUCUCUCUUAGCUGAAUUCUUUCAAGGAGAGAAAGAACCAAAUUCUGCUCACAAAAAUAUAAAAGUGACACCGGCGCAACCCAGAAUCAAAGGUUCAAACAAACAGCUGAAGUCCACUGUAGGAGACAAGUUUCGCAGUUCUCUGUACCUGUUAAUGGAGACACUAAACGCAACCACGCCGCAUUAUGUGCGCUGCGUUAAACCAAAUGAAGAGAAACUGCCAUUUGAGUACGAUUCCAAGCGUGUGGUACAGCAGCUGAGGGCCUGUGGAGUCUUGGAGACCAUCCGCAUCAGCGCCCAAAGUUACCCAUCCAGGUGGACAUACAAUGAGUUUUACAGCCGUUACAGUAUUUUGAUGGGUCAGUCGGAGCUGAAGUCGGGAGAGAAGAAGCAGACGUGCAGGAUGGUUCUACAGAGGCUCAUUCCUGACUCCAACCAGUACAAGUUUGGUCGGACCAAGAUCUUCUUCCGGGCGGGACAGGUGGCGUACCUGGAGAAGCUGCGUUUGGAUCAUCUCCGUGCCGCAUGCGUGACCAUCCAGAAACACGUGAGGGGCUGGAGGCAGAGACGCAGGUUCCUGCACAUGAGAGAAGCAGCUGUCACCAUCCAGCAGUACAUCCGGGGCAAGAGAAAGAUCAGGUGCACGGUGACGGCAUUGGCAUUGAAGCAGGGCUGGGCCGCUAUGGUCAUUCAGAGACACUGUCGCGGGUAUUUGGUACGGAAAGUUUACCAGCUCGUUCGGAUCGCUACAAUCACCAUACAGGCCUUCACCAGAGGAUGGAAGGCCCGCAAGCGCUACAAAAAGAUGAUAGAAGAACACAAGGCUUUGAUUUUGCAGAAGUACGCUCGAGCUUGGCUGGUCCGCCGGAGAUUUCAGACCAUGCGGAGGCUGGUCCUGAACGUUCAGCUCUCGUAUAGAGUCCAGAAGCUGCGCAAGAAAGUGGAAGAGCAGAGUAAAGAGAAUAUGAGCCUGAUGGAAAGAGUCACAAGUUUGUCCAACGCACAUUCACAUGGAAUGGAAAAGAUUCAGGCGUUGGAGGCGGAGCGUAGCAAAGUAUCCAAUGAGAGGGCGGCUUUAGAAGAGAAUGAAAGAAAAAACAAAGAAAAGGCCAAUCAGGCAAUUGCUGUGCUUCAGAAUGAAAAAGAGAAACUUGUCCAGGUGAAUAAAGUUUUGGAGCAGAGACUGAAGGACACGACGCAGCAGAUGGGAGAUAACUUUGAGGUUAUGAAGACAAAACUGAUAGAAGAUUUAGAAAGAGAAGAAAGACUGAGAAAAGUGGCGGAGCACAGCAGUGAACUCCAGAAAGAAGAUACAGAGAAAGAGAUAGAGACUCUUAAAGAGGAGAACCGCAGACUGAGAGAGGAGAGAGUCCGACUUCAGGCACAGCUGCAGGAAGAUCAACACAUCUAUACAGAAAUGCAGGAACAACUGCAGCAGCUCACCAAACACGUCAAGGUCAUACCAGAUUUACGGAAAGAAAUAAACAGCCUGCAGAUGCAGAAAGAGGAAGCUGACAAAACAAUCAAAGCUCAAAAUCAACAAGCACGAGCUAAGAUAAGUGUGAUUACCAGGCAGCUGCUGGGUGAAGCUUCAGAGGAGGAGUUAAUACGGAGGUUGCAUGAAGAAGACGUCGAUAAUAAUGGUGAAAUUGAUCUUCUGGCUGCAUUUGAUGGAAUGGAGAAGGCUGCUAAAGUGAUGGAGAACCAGCUCCGUGAACAGAAGGAAGCUUAUGGGAGCCGUGUGGAAACACUGGAGUUUAAAAAUGAACAUUUAAACAAAGAGAACGGACAACUUCAAGCUCUCUUUCAGGAGAAGAACAACGUCAACCAGAGCAUCGCAGAGGAAGUGGCCCGUCUCACUGCCGAUAAUAUGGUGAUUCCAGAACUAAAGCAGCAGGUGUCAGAACUGACCCGUAACAAACAAGAGCUGGAGACGCAGCUGCAGGAUCAGAGUACUGAGAUGACAAACAAAAUGAAGGAGUUGUCUAAGGAUCUCCAGCUGGGGGUUGAAGAAGAGCGAUCACAGAGAAGGCACCUGGAGGAGAGGAUUCUAGAGAUGGAGAGAAGUAAAGAUGUGAUGGAAAGGCAGAUCGUUGAACUUCAGGAAGAGAAUCAGCAGCUACAGAAAUCUCAUCAAUCAGAAAGUGAAGCCAAGAGCAGACUGAGAGAGGAGACGUCACGCCUCACAGCUGAGAACAUGGACUUUGAGGAGCAGCAGGAUAUGAAGGAUAGAUUGAUAAAGAGACUCCAAGACCAAAUCAAAGCUCUUCACACAACAGCCAGUCAGAAAGAAGCUCCCGCAGUGCCCAAAGAAUACCUGGGAAUGUUGGAGUAUAAGAAAGAGGAUGAAAGCAAGCUUGUCCGGACGCUCAUUUUGGAUCUGAGACCUCGUGGUGUUGGUGUACAUAUUAUCCCCGGUCUGGCCGCUCAUCUUCUCUUCAUGUGUGUGAGACACGCGGACUAUCUGAACGAUGGGAAUAAACUCAAAUCCUUCAUGCAUGCCAUCAUCACCGCUGUCAAAGAGACGGUGACGAAGCAUCUGGAGAAUUUUCAAAUUCUGUCCUUCUGGCUAUCAAACACAUACCACUUUCUCAACUGCCUCAAACAGUACAGCGGAGAAGAGGAGUUCAUGAAACACAACACGCCGCGUCAGAAUAAGAACUGCCUGAAGAACUUUGACUUGUCAGAGCACAGACAGAUUCUCAGUGACCUCGCCAUCAACAUUUACCAUCAGUUCAUUAGCGUGAUGGAGGACGCGCUCUAUCCCAUGAUUAUUCCUGGAAUGUUGGAGCACGAGAGUCUUCAAGGGAUCUCCAGCAUGAAGCCCACAGGCUUCCGCAAGCGAUCAAGCAGCGUGUACGAGGACAGGGAUGACCGCGCCCGUGGCGAGCCCUUCAGCGUGACGUCCCUCCUGCAGCAGCUCUCCGCCUUCCACACCUGCAUGGACCAGCAGGGCAUGGAGACGCAGCUGCAGGGUCAGGUGAUCAGACAACUCUUCUACCUGAUCGGAUCUACGUCCGUCAACAGCAUCCUGCUCCGGAAAGACCUGUGUUCCUGUCGCAAGGGCAUGCAGAUCAGGUGUAACAUCAGUUACCUGGAGGAGUGGCUGCGAGAGAAAGAUCUGCAGGGCAGCAACGCCAUGGAAACGCUGGGGCCGCUGUCUCAGGUGGCCUGGCUUCUUCAGGUCAACAAAACUGCGGAUGAAGAUGCAGCCGAGAUCAAGCAGAGAUGCUCGGAACUUUCAUCCGUGCAGAUUGUAAAAAUCCUGAAUUCAUACACGCCCAUUGAUGAUUUCGAAAAGCGAGUAGCUCCGUCUUUUGUCCGCAAGGUGCAGGCGUUGCUGCAGGAGCGUGAAGGGUCGUCUCAGCUGAUGAUGGAUGCACAGUACCGUUUCCAGGUCACGUUUCCCUUCUGCUCCUCCCCGCAAGCCUUGGAACUUCUACAGGUUCCCAGCGGCCUCCAUUUGGAUUUUGUCACUCUUAUUUGACCCCUGAUCUCUGACCUUUGCUUAUUUUGUGGUAUCAGCACUCAGGAUAAACAUUUUGACCAGGAUAUGAGUAAUGACAUAAAUGUAUUGUGUAGAUUCUGCAAUAUUGCUGAUUUAUUAGUAUUAACAUUUGCAUCAUGAUAAUUUUACAUAAUUUUGUAUAUUUUUAGAUCUUUUUAAAGAUUUAUUUAUAAAAACUUGAUCAAGUGUACCCUACUUAUUUUGUUAAGAACUAAUCUUUUUAGAUUUUGUCAAUUGGUAUCAUGCGGUUUUGUACAAGAUUAAACACAAACAGAUGCUAUUUAACAUUCUGUAACACAUUUCAAUGACCCAAAUCAACCUCACAUAGUUUUCAGGUUUCGUAAUUCCUACACUAGGUUUCUCCUCCUGCAUUUUUUAUAAAUCAGAAAAAUAAAUCAAUAAACACAACUGCCGGAUGAGUUCUUCACUCUCUUUGCUUUUAGCGCAUCAUCAUCGCUCACAAUCUGGCUUUCAAAUGCAAUAUUUAUGAUGGUUAAUCUUUUUAGGACUAGAGAUCAGUAUGCCUGGACUAGUUUAGAAGGAUGAAACUCAGAAACGCGCCAAGGU